CGUCACCUAGAGCCUUCUGGUAUAAAUACGUAGUGAUGGCGGUAAGCAUGCAACAGCUCAUCACUAGGCCAACAUCCAAAAGGUUCGAGGAUGCUCACCUUUACCGCUGCAGGCUGGCAUGUUCCAGUGCUCGACCGGACGACAGCCAAGCCAUGGCGACGGCUUUCCCUGCACCUACGCUCUCAGCGUCGACGAUCUGGGCUCGUGAUAAGUAGCAAAUCCCCAUCAUAUCCGGAGGCAGAAGAGGGUGAAUGGAAAGUUGAUGAAUACAAACGGCACACGGAUGAACCAAGCAAGAAGCAAGAGAUGAUCAAUGCCAUAAGGACAGCACUGGGUUCAUUGGGUGAUGAUGAGACGGCGACGACUGCUUCAGCCUACGACACGGCAUUGGUCGCCCUUGUCAAGAACCUUGACGGAGAUGAGAAACCACAAUUCCCCUCAUGCAUCGACUGGAUUGUACAAAAUCAACUACCAGAUGGUUCAUGGGGUGACCCCGCUUUCUUUAUGGUCCAAGAUCGGAUGAUCAGCACCCUGGCUUGUGUAGUAGCAGUGAAGUCCUGGAACAUUGACUGUGACGACUUGUGUGACAGAGGUGUGUUAUUUAUCCAAGAAAAUAUGAGCAAGUUGGUAGAAGAGGAACAGGACUGGAUGCCAUGUGGCUUCGAGAUUAACUUGCCAGCAAUCCUAGAGAAGGCAAAGGACCUGGAUUUGGACAUCCCUUAUAAUCACCCUGUUCUUGAAGAGAUAUAUGCCAAGAGAAAUCUAAAGCUCUCUAAGAUACCUCUGGAUGUGCUACACGCCAGUCCAACGACCCUACUUUACAGCGUGGAAGGAAUGGUAGACUUGCAGUUGGACUGGGAAAGGCUACUCAAGUUGCGGUGUCUGGACGGCUCCUUCCAUUCCUCGCCUGCUGCAACAGCUGCUGCCCUCAGCUACACCGGCGACAAAGAAUGCCUAGCGUUCCUAGACAGGCUCGUCAAAAAGUUCCGCGGGGGAGUGCCCUGUAUGUACUCGUUGGAUAUUUUUGAGCAGUUAUGGGUGGUCGAUCGGCUGAUGCGUCUAGGGAUAUCAAGGCACUUCACAAGUGAAAUUGAGCAGUGCCUAGAUUGUAUUUACAGGCGUUGGACUCGAAAGGGACUGGCUCAUAACGUGCACUGCCCUACCCCGGAUAUUGAUGACACGGCCAUGGGUUUCCGUCUCCUCCGUCAACAUGGCUACGACGUCACUCCAUGCGUGUUUAACCACUUUGAGGACAAAAAGGACGGCAAGUUCUUCUGCUUCCCAUUGGAGACCAACGAUGCAUCUGUCACCCCAAUGUACAACACUUACCGUGCUUCACAGUUCAUGUUCCCAGGUGAUGAUGAUGUCCUGGCACGGGCUGGGCGCUAUUGUCGUGCAUUUCUCCAUGAAAGACAAGCCUCCAACAAACUGUAUGACAAGUGGAUCAUCACCAAGGACCUGCCAGGCGAGGUCGAGUACGCACUGAACUUCCCCUGGGAAGCAAGUUUGCCACGGAUAGAAACAAGGAUGUAUCUGGAUCAGUAUGGAGGCAACACGGAUGUUUGGAUUGCUAACGUCCUCUACAGAAUGAAUCUUGUGAGCAACGACCUGUACCUUGAAAUGGCAAAAGCUGACUUCAGAGAAUAUCAAAGACUCUUCCGACUUGAGUGGAAUGGCCUCAGAAAGUGGUAUUUGAGGAACCAUCUGCAGAAGUAUGGUGGAACACCAAAGAGCGCCCUGACGGCUUACUUCUUAGCUUCAGCAAACAUCUUCGAAUCUGGCCGAGCAGCAGAGCGUCUAGCAUGGGCUCGCACGUGGGUGCUUGCCGAGGCGGUGACCUCUCACUUCAGACAUACUGGGGGCACAAAGGAUUCAACAAAGAAUCUUGAAGAGCUUAUCGACAUCGUUUCAUUCGACGACGACUCUUCCGGCAGUCUUCGUGACGCUUGGAAGCAGUGGCUCAUGGCAUGGACUGCAAAGGAGAGCCAUGGAUCAAUUGAAGGAGAUACAGCUCUGUUGUUGGUCCGCACAGUCGAGAUCACCUCAGGAAGGCAUGUUUCAGCCGAGCAAAAACUGAACCUUUGGGAGUAUUCCCAGCUCGAACAGCUCACCUCUUCCAUCUGCCGCAAACUUGCCACAAGAGUUCUUGCUCAGAAUGGGGAAAAUAUGGAGAAUACAGAAGACUUGGACCAGCAAGUGGACAUAGAGAUGCAAGAGCUAUCUUGGCGAAUUCAUCAGGGUUGCCAUGGCAUCAACAUAGACACCAGGCAGACAUUUCUCCACGUGGUGAAAAGCUUCUACUACUCGGCUCAUUGCUCAGCUGAAACAGUUGAUAGCCACAUAGCAAAGGUCGUCUUCCAGGAUGUCAUUUAGGAAGAUUCCCCUGCUGUCCUAUUUAUGUUCCUGUGCAAGAAAUAAAUUUGUGCAUGUGAAAAGAAAUGAGGCCCACUUGGAAUUUCGAUCAGAAUAGGGCAUUUCCAUAUUCUCUCUGCUGAACUUUGCUUUUUAGAGUUUGGCUUAUAAGAGCAUCUCUAGCAAAUGACCUAAAAGUUAAUUUUGUUUUGAGGGAUUAAAGCCUAGCCAGAAGAUCCCUCAAAACAAUAAUCCCUAAAAAUAAUAAUGGCUUUUCGUCCCCCCAAAGCCACAGCUUCUCAAUAUAGUCGGCCACCCAUGCAUUCUUCUUCUUGGCGUGCCCCUGCCAUAGCCCCCAUCCAGACCCCUGCGCCGGAACUGUUCCACGCGACCAUCCCGCAGCCCCGCCGCUCUCUCCCGCCUUCUCCUCGCUCACCGAUGCCAAAAUCAUAUUUUUCACAGCCGACGAGCCCGCCGUCCUGUAGCUCCGCCUGAUGGCCGCCGAGGUCCAUUUUUGCCUGGAAUUGAGUCGGCUGACCUUGGAGAUGGCACAGGAAGCUCCACCUCAACUGCUAGACAGCCGACGGCGCCGGAACCGGUGAAGAACACAACAACCGCCACCCGUCGCCGCCCCGACAUCCUUGCCGCGUUUGUCGCGUCCACGCAUGGGGAAUCACCUCUGCGGACUGCUAGCAAGUGUCGUAGGUGCCCUGUGGGAUCUGAAGGGGGCGUGGUGAUGUGUCUGCUGUUAAAAGUAUAAACGUGUUAGUUAGAGAUAAGGAGAGAUAGAGAUAUAUUUGGUUCAACGAACAAUGACUUGCCUUGUAGUCCCAUCCUCUCCCCACUGUUAAGCUUCAUGCACUAGCCAACACAACCAAAAGUCCGAACUGAUGAAAAGGGCUAGGAAAUCCACAUACACACCCCCUCUAACGUGUGGCGCGGGAAGUCAACACGUGGAUAGACUCAGAGGUAUGGCUCAAGAGGCCUAUACGUGGACACAAAGGAGGCAACAAUAAUUUUUGGAUAAACUGCGAAAGCCAGGAGUUGAACUCAAGAGGUUAGCUAUGAAAGUCCGAACUGAUGGAAAGGGCUAGGCAAUUCACAUACACACUUCAAUAAUGUUGGAGUAUAAUGUCCGGCCCUCUCCGAUAGCUUGAGCUUUUGGGUGAACUAGUUGGUGCGUGCAGUUCUACACCCACAUUGUACUCUAUAUAUACCCCUACAAGGGUUACAACACAAUACAACAGAAUUGUUUAGCCAUCCUACAAUUCUACAUGGUAUUAGAGCGGUUAGUCCAGCAAGGUUCAUUCUAGUUUUCUCCACCAUUCUGCAGCACGCCGCUCCAGGGGAGAUUAAUCUCUCUCCUCGGGGCACGACAUCCGGUGGAUCAAAGAUUAGAUCGAUUCUAGAUCAAAUUCCAUAGGCUUCUAGUUUUUGAGUUUUUCAGAUCCAUCCACUAGAUUGGUCCAAUUAGCCACCAAAUAAUUUUGAUUGACCCCAUUGUUUGGCGAGGGAAAUCCAGCAAAAAAUUUCAAUGGUCAGCAUCAACAACAGCUACGGAAGGGGAAGACGAUGGAUCUGCAUGCGAAAAGGGGAAGCCCUGUCCCCAAGGAUCCAGAUGCUCCCAAGCUUGAAAUGCUUCGUACUCAUAGGCUGCCCGGAGCUAAGAGCUCGACCAUGACAGCUUGGACAUGAGGCAACUAGCUUGAAAUCGCUCCAUUUAAGUGGAGCAAGGUGCUUGAGCGUGUUGGAGGACCUUCCAUUCCUCUCCCAGAUGCUUGUAGUCGCUGGAUGUGACGUCCUCGAGAGGGUCUCAACGUUCUUAAACUAAAAGAGCUCCGUGUAUCAGGUUCUCCAAACUUAAACUUAAACUUGAAGUAUGGUGAGGGGUUGCAUUUGCAGCAGCUCUGGCUGGAUGCAGGACAUCUCUUCCCUGUGUGGAUACCAGGGCUUCAAGUCCAAGAGCAGCACAGGACAAAUCUACAUGUAGCCUAGAGAGUUAGAAGACACCUAAUUAGAUGGCAACGGAGACAAAAGGUACGAGUAUUGGAUAGACAUUUAAUUUUCUUAUUUGGUCUGCGUCCUGCCUUGUUCAAUCGUGCAUCUAGUGCUCUGCUCAGCCUAUGUUCACCAUUUUCUGACAUAACUAGCAUUUCAUGUCCCUCAGGUUGAUAUUAAAUUUGUCUACUUUCUAUUACUAGCAUAAGCAUGUGGACUGCCUUUGAUAAAUUUGGCAGGGAACAUGGAAAUAAGGCCAAGGGUGAGACCUUACAGUUACACAUCAGAAUUAGAUGGUUGCUCCAUCAAGUAGACUGCAAGUAAAAUCAUUGUUCGCCAGCUCUAUUUUGUCUGCCUUGACAAUAGCACUUAGUUGAAGGGGUGCAAAGCUCCGAUCAGGGCCAUAGAAAUGGAUGUUUAAAAA